AUGAUAAGGCUAUCGCUGUCUAGCCUGCAACGCAAAGGCGUGGCUCUGCUGUUUUUGAUUUUGUUGUCGGAAAGCGUGACUCUUUCCAAUGCGGUCAAGCUCUGGAGUUCCUACGAGUCUCUACUGGAUUCGACCUCUACCGCCUCAGCGACUGGAAGACCCACUGCUACAGCUUGCAGUGCUACUUCUGCGUCCAAUUUGGAGUGCUCAUCAGCCAGUCCCAAAACUUCGCCUCUGAGGUUUUUGCCGCGCUUGUUUUCUCCCAAAGCCAGAGCCAAGGCGAAGGAUACCCUGGAUUGUUGCAGUCGCCAGUGCUCUCACUGUGUGGCAUUGUCCACCGAUACUUGUGCCACGGGUAUUCCACGAGGAGGACAUAGCCAUGCGGAAACCCUUGCUGAAGCAGCCAUUGCCACAACUACAACUCCCUACGGCAUUCCCCUGCAUUUGUGGAAAAUAAUAUUCCAAGCCAUUUUGACCAGUAUCAAUGUUGCCUGUUGGCUGUUGCCUCUAAGAAGCAAAAAGGUGACGGAAAACAAGUUGGGACUUUCCUUAGCCAAUGCUUUUUCCGGGGGUGUAUUCUUGUCACUCGCAUUUGGACAUUUGAUUCCGGAAUGUGUCCACGGAUUUCAAGAUUCCGUCUACAAGCAACAAGAAGCACUCCCGUAUAUGCUAGUGCUAGGAGGAUAUCUUCUCAUCUUUUUUGUCGAAAAGGUUGCCUUUGAUGCACACGAUAUUCUACACGAAAUGGAACAUUCACACGAACACGGCACUGAUACCAAAGUAAAUGGAGCUGUUGCGACCGAAACCACCACUGCUGCCCCCAACACCGGUCGAAGUGCCGUCAUUUUGUUGGGGGCACUGGCGGUCCACAGCAUUCUAGAAAUGAUGGCAUUGGGAUUGGCAGAUUCUUUUGGAGAUUGUGCCAUUUUGACACUUUCCAUUGCGCUGCAUCAGGUGCGUUUGACAACUAAUGUUGAUGCCGUUGUUACGUGUACAUUUCGUUUCAACAUUUGCCUGACACGCUUUACGUUUUUCUUUGUCGUACACUCGGUACAUUCACAGCCCGCCGAAUCGAUUGCCCUCUUGGUGGCAUUCCUCAAAUCGGGAAUGCCAAAAAAUCAAAUCAUUCAAUUCUUAUCCAUUUUUUCAGCCAUGGGACCCAUUGGAGUCGCACUAGGGAUUGCUGUCAAUGAAUUUGCCGCGCCCAUUGUCGAUGCUGCCAUGUUGGCCAUUGUUGCAGGAACGUUCGUUUAUGUAGGAGCCACUGAAGUUAUUCCAGAAGAAUGGGAAGACUCCGAACACAAAUGGAAAAAGUUUGCGGCACUCAUGUGUGGAAUCGUUUCCAUCUUUUGCAUUACACAAUACACAAUGUCAUUGGGUGGGCACUGA